CCACUCCCACUCCACCACCACAGCCUCAUCACCACCGACUUCGACGCCCUCCGAUUCCACGCCGCCGCCGCCCUGCAACUGCGCUUCUCCCCACACCAGACAGAAACAGUGGCCGCAGCGCUCCCAACAGACACCCACCUCAUCGUCUCCCCCUACAACCAGCCGGGCCACCUCCUCGACCUCCGCACCCUGGACCGCGCGAACCAGCUCCUCGCGCAGGCCCUGACCAUCCUGCAGCCCACGCGGCCCGACUACGCCACCGCGCCCUACACCGAGUCCUUCAACUGGGCCUCCGUGUUCGAGCUGUUACGGCAGCUGGCCCUCGACUCUCAGGCCGAAGAUGAGGCAACCUCGUGGCCCGCGCAGAGCUUCUACGUAGUCACCUUCCGCUCGCGACUGCGCGCCGACGCCGACGCCGAGCGGCUGCAUCUGCUGGAUGCGCAUUCGCACCAGGAGGCGAUGGCCAGCGGGGGACUGUUGAAGUAUUGGUUCGGGAGUAAGGAUGCCAGUCAUAGAAAUUUGGCGACUUGCAUCUGGCGGAGUCGGGAGGAUGCGCGGCUCGGCGGGUUGGGGCCAUGGCAUAAAAAGGCUCGCGGCGCGGCGAGGGAGAUGUAUGAGUCGAUUGAGUUCUCGACGUUGCGGUUGACGGUUGGGGAGGGGGUUGCAGGGUGGGGGUUUGGGGAGUGG